GUCUUCAUCUCUCACGGACACGACAUUAGCAUCGGCGGAAUUCCAUUUAAUGCAAAAUCUAGACCCAACCCAGGAUCCAAAUCUAACCAAAUUCCAUAGAUCUGAUCUCACACCCACACUCCAAUCCAUAACCGUUUUUAAUUUUCGUAUUCCAACGUCACACUCUUUUUCCUCCAAUCAAUCAAUUCCAAAAUUAGUUUAAUCACAAUCUUUCACAUUUUUGCGCUCAAUUUUUCGGCAAGAGUAAAUAGAUUUGUAAUUGUAGAUAUUUUCAUUUCCUCCAAAUCAUGGAGCCAAAAAAAUGUAUAAAAACCACAUCUCCACCAAUACUGUCCAAGCCAUUAAGAAGAUUGAAAUUGAUUUUGAUUGUAAUGGCUUCUUUUCUUGUUUCAUUGGCCCUUCUAUCUCUCAUCCUCUUCUUCUCCCUCUCCACCGCCUCCCGCCACCGCCAGAAUACUUCUUCCGGCGGUCUAUCUGCGAAGGAAAUCAUCCAUGAAGCCUGCAAGGCCUCACGUGAUCCACCCACAUGCGAGGCCGCGUUGGCUCAAUCCAAUCACGUGCCUUACGACGCUACAAUUAUGCAGGUAAUUCAAACUGCCAUGUGGGUGUCCUCACAAAAUCUUAAAAAGGCUCAAGGCAUGGCACAGGAGAUUCUGGAAGCAUCCACAGGGAAUGUAAACCAGAUUAUAGCGGCAAAAAGUUGUCUAGAGGUGCUGCAUUAUUCAUAUUGCAGAAUUAAUAUGACGAAUGUAGCACUCGCGAGUGGCAAGAUCAAAGACGCACGCGCAUGGAUGAGUGCGGGUCUGGCAUAUCAAUACGACUGCUGGGGAGGGUUAAAGAACUCGAACCAGACGUCUCAUAUAAAUCAAACGAUAGCGUUUUUGUAUUCUCUCGCCGGGUUGAGCAGCAAUGCAUUGGGCAUGAUUGUAAAUUAUGACAAUUUCGGUAAUAAAACCGAGUCCUGGGAUCCGCCCAAGACCGAGCGGGACGGGUUCUGGGAAGGCGGGUCGGGUGACCCCGUGUUCGUCGGUGGAGUGCCUUCGGACCUGAAGGCGGACGUGACAGUGUGCAAAACAGGCGGUUGCUCCUACGAGACAGUGCAGGACGCGGUGAAUGCAGCACCGGAUUACCUGCCGGAGGGAAAACGGUUCGUGAUCCGGAUCCAGACCGGGGUUUAUAAUGAGACAGUCCGGAUCCCAUUUGAGAAGAAGAACGUGGCGUUCUUGGGGGAUGGCAUGGGCAAAACCGUCAUUACAGGGUCUCUGAAUGUAGGCCUGGAAGGGGUGUCCACAUAUAAUUCUGCCACCGUCGGAGUUCUUGGCGAUGGAUUUAUGGCCAGUGGACUUACUAUCGAGAACAAGGCGGGCCCUAAUGCUCAUCAAGCAGUGGCUUUCCGAUCAGAUAGUGAUCAAUCCAUCAUAGAAAAUUGCGAGUUUCUUGGCAAUCAAGACACAUUAUAUGCCCAUAGCCUCCGCCAGUAUUACAAGUCAUGUCGCAUUCAAGGCAAUGUGGAUUUCAUAUUUGGAAAUUCAGCUUCAUUUUUUCAGGACUGUCUCAUCUUUCUUUCUCCUCGACAAGUCGAUCCUGAAAAGGGUGAGACUAAUGCAGUGACAGCCCACGGAAGAAUGGACCCUGCCCAAUCUACCGGAUUUGUCUUUCAAAAUUGUACAAUUAACGGCACUGAUGCAUAUAAUGCUUUGUUUAAGAGCAACCCUAGUGUACACAAGAAUUACCUGGGAAGGCCAUGGAAGGAGUACUCAAGAACAGUUUUCAUUCAUUCUACAUUGGAGGCUCUUAUUACACCAGAUGGCUGGCUGCCUUGGGAUGGUGAUUUUGCAUUGAAGACGCUUUAUUAUGGAGAAUUCGAGAACAAAGGCGCCGGAGCUAACACAACAAAAAGAGUCACGUGGAGUAGCGUGAUCCCAGCCGAGCAUGUAAACUCGUACACGGUCCAGAAUUUCAUCCAAGGUGACCAGUGGAUUCCUAAAUCCUCUUGAGUGAAGAGCACAGAUAAUGUUGUGGUUUCUACU